ACAACUCAUACUCGCGUAUCAGUUGAAAAGCAGAGUUACGUCAAUUAUGAUUGCUGAAAUUUUUCUUAUCAUCACUCUCUUGUGUGUUUCUCGAGCAGAAGACUGCCUCAAAUGUAUUUGUAAUUGUGAGUCGGGAUGUGCUCCUGUUGGUUGUAGUAUUGAUGUGGGAUCACUUUCCUGCGGAUUCUACCAAAUCAAGCUCCCCUACUACGAGGACUGCGGCACUCCUGGACGCGGUGAAGGUGAAGAUGUGACAGCUGCUUGGCAGAGAUGUGCCAAUGAUUAUGACUGCGCCACUCAAUGUGUCCAGGCUUACUACGAACGCUACAAGGAUAAUUGCGAUGGGAUUGGGCAAGGACCAUGCGAGGUUAUGUCUCGUCUACACAACGGUGGCCCCGGAGGAUGCCAUACAUCAGCUACCGAUGGUUAUUGGGAUGCUAUCCAGAGUUGCUGCGGCUGCUCUUAG